UUCUGUUUAUGGGCUUUAACGCAAUCAGCGUUCAGAAAAAGAAGGCGGAGUAAUGAAACAUUGUGCAGUCUCCUCCCCAUUCACUUUGGAAAGUCUCAUUUUUAGCCUUCUGCCUCCAUACCACACAGAUACUCUCUCCUUUUUUCUGCCAGAGCUGGAGCAUCAAAAAAAACUAGUUCUGAAGAGAGGGACAUGUUUUAUCAGAAACAAAAAUAAAUCUGUCACUGUGCUGGCUCUCUCCUAUCUGCAUGUAAACAUGUAUAAAAAACAUAAUAUGUUUGAUGCCAGGAUUUUACUGUUGCUGUUCCUGUCUGGGGCAAGAGCAUUCAUGAUCCACAACACCCAGCACAACCUGUGUCUGGAAGAUUCAGCAGAUACAGGUGAAGUCCAAUUGAAGAAGUGCAACCUAGACUCUGAAUAUCAGCAGUGGAUCUGGAUCAAUCGGGACAUGCUGAUGUGUGUCGCAUCAUCUAGGUGCCUGUCAGCCCAGCAUAAAGGGCCAGUGCACACCCAGGAUUGCCAUGGACCCGAGGUGGAUGCUGCUUGGUUAAUAUGGGACUGUGACAGGGACCAACUGAUCAGUAGAAAGCUAUCAAUGCUUUUGUCACACAAUGGCAAGCAUGCGAUCCUUGUACAACACAGCAAACACCCAAAGUGGAGAUCUCUGGAUCAGGGGGACAUCUGCCAGGAAAGACUCAGACAUAGGAGAGCUUCUGACGAUUCGACGUACGAGAAUGAAGAGCAAACAGGAGAGCUGACAGCUAUGACAAAGGAACAAAGAGAGUAUCUACGUUGGUUCUACCGCACAGAGGACCCAACCACAUGGACAUUUGUACUGCUGGGACUGGCUUUUGUCUGCCUUCUUGUUGGUUUUCUUCUGCUGGGAAUGGGAGCCAUGGCAAAUAAGAGCAGGAAGAAGAUAGCCAAGUACAAGGCUGCAACAUCUCUGCUUCAGAAAAAUGAAGAUCAGGAGCUGCUCAAAGAAAACAGCACACACCCAGCAUCAGACAUGCCACUGCAGGGAAACAAGCCUCACAUGUCCAACAGUGACACAAGUGAGCAGAGCAAUGCGGGAAAUAUUGUGGUCACAUGGAAAGAUGGCAACACCUCCUGCCUGUACCCAGAUCCUGCAGUGGAAGAGAAACAGGAGGAAGAGAAGAAAGAGACUGUGACAGCUGCUGAGCUCGACUCUCCAGAUGAAGUGAAGAUUAUGAGCUGAAGAGGUCAUAGUGAAUACCAGUGGCCAGUGGGAGUGGCACAGUGUUUGCUUUAAUAAUUGCUAAUAAUAUUUUUCUGAUGAUUCUUAUUUUCAUGAGUUCAGAGUGAAAUUUUAUGAAACCCUCAAAUGAUCAGAAAACAUUCGGAGCAGUUGCUCAAGUCUCUUUUUUAUUCAUUCUUAAUAAAGCUCAUAACAGUUUACAUUACAGUUUCAGUGGGUGGUUGCGCUCAUAAAAUGUGUCCAUGUGGGAACAAAAGUUGUAUAAAAAUGGUUCCCUGUAAAGGUAUUCUAAAAAAAAAAAAAAAAAAGUUUCUGGUUGUAAGUUCAGAUCUGCUUAUGUGUGUUCCCCCCAAUGGGCUUCACCAUUGUUUGUGUUGGGGUGGCUAAAGAAUAGAACAGAAUGUUCUAUUCUUCCUCCAUCAUGUGUUGUGAACUGAAAUGGGAAAAACUUAAUAAGAUUUGAGUACUUUUGUGUGUUGUGCUGAUGCCUCAGAUAUUAUUGCAUCACAAUAAAUCACUUAAUCAUA